UCUGUCCCUGGGAGAGCCUCGUCGCUGUCCUGUCGCCUUCGCCGGCACCACUGACCCCUACAAGUCCCCAUCAUGCGCGAGUGCAUCUCUGUCCACAUUGGCCAGGCUGGUGUCCAGAUUGGCAACGCCUGCUGGGAGCUCUACUGCCUGAAACAUGGCAUUCAGCCCGACGGCCAGAUGCCAGGUGACCUGACCUUUGGGAGAGGAGAUCACUCCUUCAACACCUUCUUCAGUGAGACUGGUGCUGGCAAACACGUGCCCAGGACCGUGUUUGUAGACCUGGAACCCACAGUCAUUGAUGAAGUGCGCAGUGGUACCUAA